UCUCAACUUAUCAAAGCAUGGGAUGUUUUACUAGCCACCUACUGUACAUACACACAGUACAGUACUCCAAACAGCAAAUUACAGCAAAGCUCACACAGCUAGCACAACUGCGUACGGGCUCGCGCACGCACUUGUCUAUAGCCUAACUUUGUAGAUCCAUCCCAUCCAUUUCCAUGACGGGAGACACUGACGCUACGGCACGAUCUCCAAGCCCACUAACCCUGGGCGACCCACUCAUUACAGGUGUCAAUUGGCAUCAACACCAGCCUCCAACUUCAGCUCCGGUUCCAACUUCACCAACAAAAAGUCCAGGUCCAAGUCAACCCCCCCAUCCCGAUCCCGGACCCGGACCCGGACCCAGACUCCAAUGCCUUCUCGAUAGCAUGCCACCCCCUACCGACGACGAGACGCCGUUCCCCUCGUUAGACCACUCGGCCCUCCAUGGCUUUGGUCGUUCUCAUCUUUCCCCUGACGAUGCCUUUGUGUCGCCUCCUCGAGGGCCACGAGGCCGGAGCCGAAGACGUAAACGCCCAUGGAAGAAGCUGAUGUGGGUUAAGCAAUCGUACCCCGAUAACUACACAGAUCAAGCCACCUUCCUCGAGAAUCUCCAGCGCAACCCUCGUCUCAAGCCAUAUGACUUCUGGCCACUCGUUGCUGACUCUACGGUCAUCCUUCAGCACGUCUGUUCAGUCAUAAUCUUUGUUGUUUGUUUUGUUGGCAUAUUUCAGGAUCGCGUGUCUCCUGUUGCUGUCACAAGUUGGAGCAGCUUCGCUACGUUUGUAGGAUGGAUCCUCUGGGAACGCUGGCUAUCAGAAAUCGAAGAAACGGAUGACCCGAGUCUUGGCGUGGCAGCGAAUGUGAUGGGAAGGGCCGGUCGGACUGGAAGUCUAAGGCGACCAACCCGCACGGGCAGUAUCCGGCGUCCACCUCCGCUCCGGGUCGAGUCGGCGCCGUCUACCGCCGCACCCUCUGCUGUCGGUUCGGCUGCGAGUUCAACAGCCAAUCUGCAUGCGCCCAGUACGAUACAUCGAGCUCAGUCUGCUUCGACGACCUCCCUGGCCAGUGGCAUCGCACACACUCCACGAGCGAGUCAGGAACAUCUCCCUGAACUACCGCCACCCCUCCUGGCAGAAGAAAAUCGAUAUCGACAGAGGAUGGAGACAGUCAAGUCUGCGAUUCUUAUCUAUUGCACGCUCCUUGGACUGAGUCCUAUUCUCAAGUCUCUGACCCGAUCAACAUCAAGCGAUAGCAUCUGGGCCAUGUCCUUCUGGCUUCUCGCGAUCAACAUCUUCUUUUUUGACUACUCUGGAGGUGUAGGUGCCAAGUUUCCAGCAUCGCUAUCCACAAAUGCUGCUUUGAUGGCAUCGACUGUACUCGCCAGCCGACUACCAUCGACCAAGCAGGUCUUCAGUCUGACACUCUUCAGCAUUGAGGUGUUUGGGUUGUUUCCAGUGUUUCGGCGUUAUGUACGACAUCGAAGCUGGCGCUUCCAUAUCCUCUCUGCCAUUCUGCUGGUCCUAGGUGCAAGCUUCGGAGUGGGCCUAAUCCUGGGAUACGAUAAGAACACAGUCGGAUGGCCAUGGAAGAGUGGACUAGUGGGCAUGAUUGUCGGAAUGCUCAUUGCCAUACUGGCUACAGGAGGCUGCAGCUGGUGGCUGAUAGGGCUUCAGAAGUACAAGAAUGAGAUACGAGGACCGUGGGAUCCUGCGAGACCCAUUAUCAUGAAUCGGCCUCGAUGGGAUGACGACUCAUGAGGCGAUGUCUUUUCUGAGGCAUGUAACCAUUGUUUGCUUGUUAAUGUAUUUAGACCUGCAUUUACUGUCCUGAGCAGAGACAUUUCCAUCCCAGUGACUAACUACAUGAUGGAAUUUUUGACAAGACCUUUGUUUGCAUGAUUUUUUAAGAGAACGACAAAUGAGUCCCGCUGUAUAAUAUAAGCAAUUGCCAAACACACAAGGAAACUUAGCAGGAUUUCUAUGUUGAGCCAAGCUUUUUGUUCAACUCCACAAGGCUACGCUAGGACGCCGACAUGGGAAUUGUGUCACAGAUCGAGAAGUGAGCGAGUAUUUGAUAUCGAUCGAGGUUCUGAGGAAAGGGAGAAUUGACUCUGGCUGAGGUUUGGUGGCUGAGAUAAUUGGAAUGAAAUCGUAGGUGCAGAUGUGGUACGUACUGCGAAUGAUGGUUGACCGGAGUGUGCUAUAUGUGUAAGUAGGUACUCAGUCAUUAUCAUACAUCACUACUCGCUUGAAGAGGAAGACUUGAUCAUCCUCUCUACUACUCAGUAUGUAGGUAUACCGUGAUUUGUUAGGGGAAUGGAGAUCCAUAUGUGGUGUUGGC